AUGGCGCCUCUAGGUCUGGAGAGUCCACUCAACUUUGUGUUUAUAGGCUGUGCACUAGUGAUUGCUAGUGUUUUGGGCAAGGCUUUUUACAAUGUCUUCCUGCACCCUUUACGAUCUUUUCCUGGUCCAUUCUUAUGGAAACUUACACCUUUAUUCAAAUAUAUACGCUUGUACCGGGGUGAUUUGCCCAUGUAUAUGAAAGAGUUACACGUUAAAUAUGGACCGAUUGUGCGAGUAUCCCCGCACGAGCUAGCAUUCAGCGACCCCCAAGCUUGGAAGGAUAUCUACGGUCAUCGCCACAAUGGCGCGCUGGAGUUACCUAAGUACGACGGCUUUUACCGGGCUGUCGACAACGUUCCUCGAGGUAUCAUUCACGCUCUGCGAGACGAACACAGCUUCUUGCGACGUCAAUUGUCCCACGGAUUCUCAGAGCGGUCAAUGCAGCUCCAAGAGCCCAUUAUCGGAUCAUACGUAGAUCUGUUGAUUCACCGACUGCAAGAACGAUGUGGUGAUGGCUCGAACCCCUUGAAUAUGCGCGAGUGGCUAAAUUGGACCACUUUCGACGUUAUUGGAGACCUCGGUUUUGGUUCCUCGUUUGGUUGCCUCGAUAAGAGCGACUAUCAUCCAUGGGUCAAACUCGUGGCCAACUCAGUGCUACAGUCUGCUUUUUUGUCCGCUCUGUCUGACAUGGGGCUUAAGCCUGCAGUACGGAUGAUCCUGCGACUCAAGAAACUUGCGAUUACAGACAACCAGGCAUUAGUUCGGGAGAAGCUGAAGCAGAGGAUAGAGUCUGGCAUCGAGAGGCCAGAUUUCAUUGAGGGUCUCAUAAAGCAGAAGGACGAGGGAAAACUCGAAUUUAUGCAAAUAGCCACCAACGCAAAUACUCUCAUCAUAGCCGGAAGUGAAACAACAGCGACUCUUCUAAGCGGUGCCAUCUACCUACUUACGACCAACCCGGAUAAGCUCGAAAGGCUCACCCGGGAAGUACGUUCUUCUUUUAAUAAUGACGACGAAAUCACUUUAACUUCCGUCGGAAAAUUGACGUACAUGCUGGCCUGUCUUAACGAGUCCCUCCGACGGUACCCCCCUGUGCCAACUGGAAUGCCGCGACAAUCGCCUGAGGGCGGUGCUACUAUCAUGGGGAAAUAUGUCCCAGAGGGCACUGUCGUAGCUGUCUGGCAAUAUGCCGUUAACCAUGAUCCGAAUCAUUGGACCGAGCCCUAUUCUUUUGCUCCAGAGCGGUUUAUGGGCGAUCCGAAGUACAAAGGUGAUAAACUUGAUGCGAUGCAACCAUUUAGUGUAGGGCCGCGGAACUGCAUUGGUCGCAAUUUGGCUUACGCCGAAAUGCGCCUCAUCUUGGCCAGGAUAAUUUACAACUUCGAUAUGAGCAUUGCUGAAGAUAGCCGGAAUUGGAUCAAUCAGUUUGCUUACACCUUAUGGGAUAAGCCGGCGUUGAAUAUUCACAUGAAGCCUGUUGCUAGAUGA